AUGGUGCGCAAUGUGGAUGACUUGGACUUUUGCCUGUCCUCCCACCCUCAGAGUAUCUUGGAAGGUUUGCGAUCACUUUGCUCUCAGCCCAAGCUUGUUGAUGUAACGCUGAGCGCAGGUGGGAGGGACUUUCCCUGUCACCGUGGAGUGCUGGCCCUCUGUAGCAUGUACUUCCACUCUAUGUUCUCUGGGGACUUUGUGGAGAGCAUAGCUGCUCGUGUGGAGCUCCAUGAUGUUGAUCCCGACAUACUUAGUUGCUUACUUGACUUCGCCUACACAGGAAAACUGACAAUUAACCAAAGCAACGUGGAGGGGUUGAUCUGCACCUCCAGCCAGCUGCAGUUUCAGACAGUGCGAACUGUGUGCAGCCGAUACCUCCAACACCAGAUUGAUGCAAUCAAUUGCCUCGGAAUCCUGGAGUUUGGGGACAUUCACGGAUGCCCUGAGGUGGUGGCCAAAGCGUGGGCCUUCCUCAUGGAGAAUUUUGAGGCUGUACAGCAAGGUGAGGAGUUUCUAUUAUUGGGGAAAGACCGACUGGUUGCCUGCUUGUUUGAUGAAGGACUACAAAUCCGUUCAGAGUACACUCGCGUAGAAGCCAUUCUUAAAUGGGUUGCUGAUCAAAAAGAAGCUCGACUCUGCCACCUUCCUGAACUCCUCAGCUUGUCACGUCUCUCUUUGCUGAGUCUCAAUUACCUGGCUGACACUCUGCUGAAGGACAGUCUGGUUCAAGCCUCUCCCAGCUGCAUGGAAGCAGUUGAAAUAAUCCUCAGAAAGAAAAUGGAUUUGGAACCAGCAUAUUCAAGGACAGCUAACUGUCAGAGUCCACAACCCAACCUGCAAGAAGUGCUGUUUGUGAUGGGGGGUCGAUCACUGGAAGAUGAGGAGGAUGAGGAGGACUCAGAUGAAGAUGAAGACAGAGACCCGAGGCUUCAGAGACUGCUAUUGAAGAACUGUGCUUUCUACAACACAAAGACUAAACAGUGGCAUGAGCUCCCUAAUUUUCCCAACCCCAACAAGUGGGGUUACUCCAUGGUGUCCUUAAAUAAUGAUGUGUAUGUUACAGGGGGCUCGCGAGGUUCAAAUACAAACACCUGGUCGACUACAGAGACCUGGAAGUACAUCACAAAAGAAGGGAGAUGGGUUACUGUGGCACCCAUGCUUCGGCCUCGAACUAACCACACAUCAGCAACGCUUAACGGGGAGAUUUAUGUCAUUGGGGGUACAACAUCUGACCGUGUUGAAGUUGAACAUUAUGAUCCUUAUAACAACACGUGGACCUUGACCUGUCCUGCUUUGAAGUAUGUGACCAACUUCACGGCCACAGCCUGUUUUGGGAAGCUCUAUGUGAUUGGAUCAUGUGCAGUGAAAUACAAUGCACUGACCAUGCAGUGCUACAACCCUGUGAUAGAUAACUGGAUCAGUGUUUGUUCACCUUUCAUCCCAAAGUAUCUGUCAUCGCCUCGCUCUGCUUGUCUGGAUGGAAUGAUUUAUUUGGUGGCUGACAACACGAAGAAAGUCUACUCAUAUGAUCCAGAGGCAAACAUGUGGCAGAAGGUCCAGCUUCUUCACAUGCUUCACGAGAAUGGUGGCCUUGUAACACUUAAUGGGAGGCUGUUCAUCACAGGAGGCCAUUGGAAAGGAAUGGAGGGAGACUAUGGAGUAGAGGUGGAGGUCUACAACCGAGCAUCCAAUACAUGGGAGGUGGAAUCCUUCCUUCCAAGGCUUUGGUUCUACAGUGGAGUUUGCACCAUCUUCCUUGAACCAUCUCAAUGGCCAGAGUUUUCAACCAUAAAUUCAGCAGAACAGCAUCCUAACUAG